ACGUAACUUCUAUACCAAUGUGUACGGAAGUGGGAAAUGGAAUCACCACGCUAAAUUCGUGUCAUGUGUACUCAGAAUCCUUCUUUUAACGCGGUGGAGAGAAAUGAAUUCUGUUUUUAAUGUCGAAAAUCAUAAUUAAACAUAGAAUUUCAAGCGGGGGCAAAACAAUUCCAGAAUGAGCUCUCAGGACGUACUUAAAAACGCGUCCACUCUCGCGUCGUACAAUGUGCUGCUACAGGUGAUGUUCCGCGUGCUCACCUUCUUAUUGAACGCGUUCACCCUGCGUUUUGUAUCCAAAGAGCUGAUUGGAGUGGUGAAUGUAAGGCUUACACUGCUGUACUCGACGUUAGUAUUUUUGUCUCGAGAGGCCUUUCGAAGAGCCUGUCUGAGUGGAUCUACUGACGGGAAGCGCAACUGGAGGCAGCUCAUCAACCUGCUAUGGCUGACGUUGCCUCUGGGUGUGCUGUGGGGAGCCCUGUUAGCCGCUGUGUGGCUAUGGCUCCUGGAGGUGCCAGAUCCUCAAUCAGUUCCUUUUUACGGCCCCGCCGUGCUGCUGUUCGGACUAGCUGGGGUGCAGGAGCUCCUGGCCGAGCCCCUCUGGGUGCUGGCCCAAGUGCACAUGUUUGUGAAACUAAAGGUGGUCGCUGAGAGCUUGGCUAUGUUGGCUAAGUGCAGCGUGACGGUGGUGUUGGUGAUGUCUGCCCGGGAGUGGGGCCUUUACAUCUUCUCUGCUGCUCAUCUGGUGUACACAGGAGUCUUGGUGCUGUGCUAUGCGGUUUACUUUCUUCAUUUCUUGCCGUCCAAAGAGGCAAUUGAGAGCAAUUUCCCCCUGCGCAAUAUUAGAGAUCUGAUGCCUCACAAAGCUCAUGGAGAGCCGCUGGUGGACUGGACCGUGGCCCGUCUUACCUGGAGCUUCUUCAAGCAGUCGUUCCUCAAGCAGAUCCUGACUGAAGGGGAGCGCUACGUCAUGACCUUCCUGAACGUCCUGAGCUUCGGCGACCAGGGCGUUUAUGACAUCGUCAACAAUCUGGGCUCCAUGGUGGCGCGCUUCAUCUUCCUGCCAAUCGAGGAGAGCUUCUACAUCUUCUUUGCCAAAGUGCUGGAGCGAGGCCGUGAUGUGAAAAGCCAGAAACAGGAAGACGUUGGUGUCGCAGCAGAUGUGCUACAAUGCCUGCUCAAACUGGUGCUGGUGAUUGGACUCAUUAUCGCGGUCUUUGGGUACGCCUACUCAGAACUGGCCCUGGAUAUUUAUGGUGGAUCUCUGCUGAGCAGUGGGGCAGGUCCAUCCCUGCUGCGAUAUUACAGCUGCUACGUCCUCCUGCUGGCUGUAAAUGGAGUGACCGAGUGUUUUGUGUUUGCUGCAAUGAGCCAAGAGGAGGUUGACAAGUACAACUUGGUGAUGCUGGCCCUGUCUGCGUCCUUCCUCUUCCUGUCCUACAUGCUGACGUGGUGGGCUGGUGGCGUGGGCUUCAUUCUGGCCAACUGCUUGAACAUGGCCCUCCGCAUCACGCACAGCGUCCUGUACAUUCGCCGCUACUUCCUGUCCAGUCAGUGGAAACCAUUGCGGGGCCUGCUGCCCUCGCUGCCGCUGUGCCUGGUGCUCGGUGUCAGUGCAGCCGUCACGGUUGUCAGUGAGAUUGCUUUUUGCUGCGACGGCGGUUGGCUCCUGAGGUAACCUUCCGUUGCAUGAGACGUGCAGUGGAUAUCAAACAUCUACACAUCCCUGUUGAAAUGUCAGAUUUUCACUUUAUUUGGUCAAGAUUUUUUAUUCCCUUUUCACUAAAAUUUCCGAGCAACCCUUGGGCUCAAGAGUUUUUGUCGUGUUUUUUUUUAAUUUUAUAAGAUCAUGUAUUUUCUUCCUUGACUUUUCACCAGGAAAACCAGAAGCGAGUGUUUUUUUUUUUUGGUUUUGCAGAACCACAAACUGCUAAACUACAAGCUGUGCUUCUUCCACACUUACAACUGAAGGAAGCGUCCGUCAGGGUUGGAUAAUGAUGUCAUUAUGAGGAAUGAGCAGUAAAGUACUGCAAGCGAUUUGCUUUUUGGUCUUUUUUUUGUCAGUUUGAAACUGGGAUUAAUUUGCACACACAUAAACUGUGGGAGGAGGAUAACUAAGUCAUUUAUGAAUUUUUUUGUAUUCAACCACUCAAAAUGUCACUG